AUGGAGGUUCGAAUCAAAGAAGCAGAGGCAGGUGGUACAUUAGCACAACGGAAGACAACCGAUGGGAGUUACGUGAUGAAAGAUGCGGUGGUUCUUGAAUACCAGACACCUUCUGGUGAAUUGGUGAAGCUAAGAGCCCCGAAUGAAGGUGUGGUGACAUUUGAUCGUGCGGCGAAAAAAGGUGCAGAGAUGGUUCAGGUUCGCAAUAUAGUUAUAAGGAAAGUUUGUCUCCUUUUCUGUCGGUUUAUUCUUGGUAACAUAGGAAUAUUGCCACUGGUGGAUAUGUUAAUCGCUCGAAUCGAACCUUGUCAGCAUGCUAUUGUUAUCAAAGAUAUAAAAGACGGUCGAGCAGGCCAGCGAAGAGAAGACUCGACGGCCAAUGUGUCUAUGAUUCACCAUGUUCCGGAACUCAUUGUUUCAGACGACUUGGCGAAGCAAAUUGGUUCAGCAGACCUGAAAAAUAUCCUAGCUUCACGAAAACUGGUGCUACUAGUCGAUCUUGACCAGACUAUCAUUCAUACAACGAAUCGUCCGUUCAAAGUUGAUCCUAACGUAAGUGAUAGGGCUCUUCUAGAAACUCGUAUAAAAUACCAUGGGGAUAUUUACACUUACAAAAUGUUUGGUACUGAAUACCAUACGAAACUACGACCGUAUACUCAUGAAUUUCUGGAACAUAUGACCGGACUUUUCGAGAUGCACAUAAUCACCUAUGGACAGCGUCAGUAUGCGCAUAAGAUUGCUGAGAUCAUCGACCCGAAGAAAACGUUAUUCGCGCAGAGGAUUAUGUCACGAGAUGAACUAUUCUCGGCUCAACAUAAGACGCGAAAUUUGAAAGCACUUUUCCCAUGCGGUGAUCAACUGAUUGUUAUAAUUGAUGAUCGGGCUGAUGUAUGGCAGUUUUCAGAAGCUCUCAUUCAGGUUAAGCCGUAUAGAUUUUUCAAAGAAGUGGGUGACAUUAAUGCACCCGUUGGAGGAAAGAAGGACGGUAUUCCACCAGUAGAUAUAGGUAAUCGUAAGGAUGAUGCAGAACACGACCGUACCUUGGAGCACGUAGAGAGGCUGUUAGUUAAUGUGCAUACAAACUUCUAUAAUUACUACGAUGAGACGCAGGAAAUCAGAGAUGUAAAGGUAGUUAUAAGCUACAUCAAAAAGCAGGUUCUACGUGGUUUGGUUAUUGUGUUGUCGGGUGUGGUACCACUUGGAGUGAAAUCGGAAAAUUCAGAAGCAUAUAGAUUGUGCGUUCAGUUUGGAGCGACAGUGGCAGACCAGGUGACGGAACAAACAACACAUUUGAUCGCAGUACGAUGGGGCACAACGAAAGUCAUGAAUGCAUGUAAACUUCGCAUUCCAAUCGUAACACCUCAUUGGCUCUACGCCUCUGUGGAGAAGUUUUUAAAGGCGGAUGAGAAGGAAUUUGAGUUGACAAAGGAUUCAAAACCUCCAGAUGGUCGGCCACUAGGUAGUAGAAUCAUUCCAGAACUCACAAGUAUUGAUGCCAUGAAAAAAGAGACAAUUGCUGCAAUGGAGCACGAGGUAGACGAGGUUUUAUCAGAAGGUGACGAUUCUGAUGAGGAAAGCGAAGCGGUAUUGAAAAGGCGAUUGAAUGGUGGUGAUGGAAGUGGAGAUGAAGAUGAUGAAAUAGAAAAGGAAUUAGCCAUGAAGCGAGCUCGUUGGGAACGGGAGGGUAAUUUCGAGACACCAGAAGAAGACGUCCAGGACUAUGAGGACCAGGGUAGCGGGCUAGACAAUGAUGAGUUUUGUGAAGACAUCUAUGAUGAUAUAAGCAGAAUAACUGGUGAAAAUGACCAGGAAAUUACAUGUGAAGACGAGAGUUGUGACGUUCCCUAUAAUGACGAGGAAGAUGAGGAGAUCGAGGACAUGGCGGCACUGGUAGAGCGGCAAGUUUCACAUGAUGAAUAG